UAACUUUCUUUUUAAAUAAUAAAAUUGGGUCUUAUCUUUGGACCUUGGUUUAGGAACCUCAAAAAAGUUUCCUCUUUGAAUCUUCUUGGGAUAUUUAGAAUUAUCUUGGGUUCUUUUCUUUUUCUUAAUGGAAAACUCAAGGAACAAGCGAGGGCAUGAGGAAGGUAUUGAAGAUGAAGGCUAUCUUACUGAAACGAAGAAACCAAAGUUACCCGCUUUGGCAAGUGUAAUUGUGGAAGCUCUGAAGGUGGAUAGUAUGCAAAGACUUUGCUCAUCUUUGGAACCUAUGUUACGCAGAAUUGUCAGUGAAGAAGUGGAGCGGGCUUUGACAAGAAUAGGGAAUGGUCAACUGACUGCGAGGAGUUCACCACCGAGACUACAAAAUGCAGAUGGAAGAAAUCUGCAGCUUCAUUUCAGAACAAGAAUGCCACCUCACCUAUUCACAGGAGGGAAGGUUGAGGGUGAGCAAGGGACUUCCAUCCAUGUCAUCUUACUUGAUGUGAUCUCAGGGACUGUGGUUCAAACCGGAUUAGAAUCAUCACUCAAACUCAAUGUUGUGGUGCUUGAAGGUGACUUCAAUGAGGAAGCUGAUGAAGAUUGGACUAAAGAACAGUUUGAGAGCUAUGAAGUUAAAGAACGCGAGGGGAAACGGCCGCUUUUGACCGGGGAACUACAAGUGACCCUCAAGGAAGGAGUUGGAACUCUAGGAGAUCUUACUUUCACUGAUAAUUCGAGCUGGAUUAGGAGUAGAAAAUUCAGGCUCGGUUUGAAGGUUGCUCCCGGAUAUUACGAAGAAAUUCGUGUUCGAGAAGCUAAAACCGAGGCUUUUGCUGUUAAAGAUCACAGAGGAGAAUUGUACAAAAAACAUUAUCCACCUGCUUUGCAUGAUGAAGUUUGGAGAUUGGACAGAAUAGCCAAAGACGGAGCAUUACAUAAGAAGUUGUUGAAAGCUGAUAUCAUAACAGUUGAAGAUUUCCUUCGACUUCUUGUUCGGGAUUCGCAAAAAUUACGAAAUAUCCUGGGAAGUGGAAUGUCAAAUAGAAUGUGGGAGAACACAGUGGAGCAUGCUAAGACCUGUGUCCUGGGAGGGAAGCUUUAUGUUUACUACACUGAUCAAACACACAGCGCAGGUGUUGUUUUCAAUCACAUUUAUGAACUCAGAGGUCUUAUUGCUGAUGGGCAGUUCCUGUCUUUGGAAUCACUUAACCACAAUCAAAAGCUUUUUGUUGAUUCCCUGGUGAAGAGAGCGUAUGAAAAUUGGCAUCAAGUUAUAGAAUACGACGACAAGGUUCUCAAAACCCUUGCAAGUACAAAGGGAGCCAACCCGUCGACAGCACCAGUAAUCGAGAACAAUUACAAUGCAGAUUACUACACUACAAAUUCUCAGAAGGGUAGGCAGCAGUAUAUAACCUCAGAGCAAGCUCCACAGUGCCAGAAUAAUAAUAAUACCCACCAAGCAGUCCAUCAGUUGAUUGAAUUUCCCUUUGGAAGGUCUGAUCAGAAUGCAGUAAUGAUGAUGAAUAAUCAGAAAGCACUGUUACCUAGCAUUACCACAAAUAACAUGCCGAUUGGAGGAAACCUGACAGCAGCCGGUGGGUCAGGUUUUGCAGGAGAUUGGUCUCAGCCGAGAAGCGGGCACGGAUUUGAAGAUUUCUUUGCUGAUGAAAUCCGGCUUAGGAGUACGGAAAUGUUAGCGACUGAUGACAUGCAAAGGCUGCUGAAGACUUUUGGUGUAGGUGUUGGCAUGGGAGCUAGUUUUGAUCAUUCAGACGAGUCUUCUUAUACAUACACCAUCCCUUAUGAUCAUCAAAUGGACCACCCUUAUCCUUAUGCUCAGGAACGUGGCAAAGGAUCGGGGAAGGCGGUUGUCGGGUGGCUUAAGUUGAAAGCGGCUUUAAGGUGGGGAAUAUUCGUACGAAAGAGAGCUGCAGAAAGAAGAGCUCAGCUGGUUGAGCUUGAUUGACUCAUCUGAUGCUUAAAAAGACUUAUUUUAACAUCAUUAUCUUUUAGCUGGUUAACAAAUGAUUGGUGCCUCAACGAUCAUUAACCUUCGUUGGCAACAUUGUUGAAUGAUUCCGAGUUCCGUUAUCUUUGCCAGUAUUUGAUAGGGCAUUAUUCAUCAGAGAGCUGAUUA